GAAAGGGAUUGAGGGGCAGAAACUACAGAUCCCAAACCACCACAUCAUGGGAGAUAUCGCCAGCAUUCGGUCCUUCAGCAAGUCCGCAGUCCUGCACAAGACAUACAAGACGCCGCCUCUGGCAGUUAAAGCCUACGGGAUCUACUAUGACCUCGAAGACGGCAGCCGCGUCACUGACGCAGUGGGUGGGGCGGCCGUCGUCUGCAUAGGCAACGGACACCCGGCCGUCGUCGAAGCUAUUCGCGAACAGGCGGGGAUCCUGAACUUCACCUUCCACACGCAGCUCACGAACACCCCGACCGAGAUGCUCGCACAGAACAUCAUCGACAGGUCCCAAGGUGCCUUUGCACGCAUUGCCUUUGCGUCCGGUGGUAGCGAAGCUGUCGAAGGCGCUCUCAAGACUGCUCGCCAGUACUUCUGGGAACUUGGCCAGACGCAGCGUGUGAACUAUAUUGGGCGCAAGUCGUCCUACCACGGCGCGUCGCUUGGUACGCUGAACGUCGCGUGGAACGCAGCACGCCGAGCGCCGUACAACGACAUCCUCGAUAGCAAACGCUUCCACCACGUGUCCCCGGCGUACGCGCGGCGCUACCAGCGUGAGGGCGAGUCCGAAGCGCAGUUCGUUGAGCGCCUGCGCGCCGAGCUCGAGGCCAAGUUCAUUGAACUCGGGCCGCAUACUGUCAUCGCAUUCGUCGCUGAGACCGUCGGAGGAGCCAGCUCCGGCGUCGUUAUCCCCCCGAAAGGGUACUUCGCCGCCGUGAGAUCCGUCUGCGACAAGUACGGCGCACUCCUGAUCCUCGACGAGGUCAUGUGCGGAAUGGGUCGCAUGGGCACGCUCCACGCGUGGGAGCGCGUUGCCGACGGCGUCUCGCCGGACAUCCAGGCCGUCGCGAAGGGCCUUGGCGGGGGAUACACGCCGAUCGGCGGCGUGCUCAUCGCGCCGCGGGUCGCACGCGUGCUGAGCGAGGGUUCCGGCGUGUGGCAGCACGGCUACACGUACCAGGCGCACCCGCUCUGUUCUGCGGCCUCCCUCGCUGUUCAACGUGUCAUCAUCGCCGAGAAGCUGCUGGAGAACUGCACGACGCAGGGCGACCUGCUCGGCACGCUCUUGAAGGAAAAGUUGGAGGCCGACGGAGCACUUGCGCGGAACUACGUGGCCGAAAUCCGCGGUGCCGGCCUUUUUUGGGCUAUCGAGUUUGAUGCGAGUGCGCUCGACUUGGGAGGGAAGCGGUUCGCGUUUGUGGUGGAGGAGCGGUGCUUCCAGGCCGGACUUAUGGUGAUGGGCAUGAGCGGUGGGGCAAAUAUCGAGGGCACCCAGGGAGACCAUAUCAUGUUUGCACCCGCAUACAACAUCACCGCGGACGAGGUCAGAGCGAUCGUUGACGUGGUGGUGGGUUGUGUCGAAGAGGUCGUCCGCGAGGGAUUGGCGAAGAAAUAGCUGAUGGAGAAUUGUUGUAAAAUAGGAGAAUUCAAACAUUCAAAACUUCAACAGAGCAAGCAAGAGCUGAAGAGUAGAAACACUCUGUGGGAGAUUGAGCCAGA